CGUGACAAGGGCACUGGGAACAGCUAAAAGCAGGGAGGAUGCCCGGAGAGCCGAAUUCCCACAGGACUCUGCCGCCCUGAGCGGGUCAGCUGGCUCCAGAAGAAUGCUCGGCGUGGCUUUGGGCAUCGGGGUCCUGCUGGCCCUGGUGGGCUGCACAGCCACCGAGGGCUGUGUGGCCCCGCAGGAUAAGGUCUCCCAGCUGCUGCAGCGCAUGGAGGAAUCCGUAAAUUUCGAGGAGGCGGCAAAUCCCAGUGUGCUGCUGGCAUUGAACCUGGCUGGGGGGGACACCGACGGUGCCAUCCACAAGUGGCUGCUCCAGGAGAUCAAGGAGGAGGCAGUGAGGAGAGCCCAGAAAGACUUGACCUCGGGACAGGUGGCUCUGCAUGUCCUCGCCCUCCUCUCCUCCUGCCAGGAUCCCCAGCGUGUCCAUGCCCUGGAGCAGACCCUCGACCUGAUCCGUGUCCUGCAGCAGAAAACAGAUGAGGAGAUGGCCAAACUGGAGGCUGACGGGAUUCCCAAAACUACCCUGUACAGUGUGGGCCUGGACACCCUGGCCCUGUGCCUGGCAGAGGCGGGCGGCGCUCUAGGGCCAUCGGUGCCCCUGGCCAAGCAGGUGCUGAACCCUGGGAGGCCCAUCUCUGUGGACACCCAGGCCAUGGUGGCACUGGCACUGGCCUGCGUCCACAACCAUGUGGAGCUCCAGGACGUGCAGGAUCUGCUCCGGGAGGCGCUUGAGACAGUGAGCAACAGAUUCCUGGAUGAGCAGAAGGAGAGGAAUGGCAUGAUUGGGAAUAUCUACAGCAUGGGGCUGGCCCUGCAGGCACUGGAGGCCACAAGGAAGUUUUACGCCCCACGGGAGUGGGACUGUGCCCAGGCCUUCUCCGUGGUGUACAGCCACGACUACCAGCAGCCCAUGGCCAUCGCCCAGGUGCUGCCAGCCCUGGUGGGCAGGACCUACCUGGAUGCGGCUGGCCUGGACUGUGCUGCCACCAAGAACGCGUCCCCGGGCCGACAGCUGUCCCUGCCCCCAGUGCUGGCGACGCACAGUAUUCCCAGAGCCCUCAUCACGGUGCAGUACUCCAUCAUCAACACAAUCCAGGGACAACACUUCAACCACUCCAUCCUAGUGCAAGUCCCAAGUGGCUCCACUCUGCUCCAGGUGAUGGAGGUGGCAGCAAAGGAGGACCCCAAAACCUUUAGCUUCCAGACAGAGCAGACAUCCUGGGGUCCCUAUGUGACCUCCAUCCCAGGGCUGGCUGGCAGCACGGAGGACAGGACCUACUGGCAGUUCCUCAGUGCUGGGAAUGCCCUCGAUGAAGGUGGGGCAGGGGGCCAGGGAUGGUGUGGGGGAGCCUGUGAGGGGAUCUGCAUAUGCCAGCCUCACACACUCAUCUGCUGCAGGAGACAGAGGAUGCCCAGCAUGGCUUACAGCAUGGCGGUCCUGCUGGCCCUGGCAAGUGCCACGGUCACGCAGGGCUGCGGUGAGUGUCAGUCCUCCUGCAGUGGCACUGCAGACAGACCGGUGACACUGCAGGGGGACGAGUGGAUGGCGCACAGGGCUCUUGGUGACCUGCCCUCAGUGGCAGAGGAGUGCCAGGCUACAGUCUCCCAUCACCGCCUGGUCCAGGAGCUGCUGCGGCGCAUGAAGAAAUCCGUCAAGUUUGACGAGCCGCCGAACCCCAGCAUCCUGCUGGCCAUGAACCUGGCUGGAGCCACCCAUGGCCAUGUCCACCACUGGCUGCUCCAGGAGAUAAAGAAGGAUGCAGUGGAGAGAGCCCAGACAGACAUGACCUCGGGACAAGUGGCUCUGUAUGUCCUCGCCCUCCUCUCCUCCUGCCAGGACCCCCGAUGUGUCCACGCCAUGGGCAAGACUAUCAACCUGAUCCCCAUCCUGAAGCAGAAAAUGAAUGAGGAGAUUAGCAAAAACGUGAUCACCUGGUACGCAGAGAGCCUGGACAUCCUGGCCCUGUGCCUGCUGAAGGAAUAUGACAACCAAGAUGCAGUCAAGGCUGUGGCUGAGGAGUUGCUGAACCAUAAGAGCUCCCCCGAUGUGGACAGCCGGGCCAUGGCGGUACUGGCGCUGGUGUGCGCCUACAACCACACAGGCAAGCAGGAUCUGAUCCAUCUGAUCCGUGAUGCCCUAAAGGCGGUGACCAACGAUUUUCUGGAUGAGCAAGAAAGGCACAAUGGCAUGAUUGGGAAUAUCUACAGCAUGGGGCUGGCCCUGCAGGCUCUGGAGACCUCGAGUGAGUUUUACAGCCCUCGGAAGUGGGACCGUGCCCAGGCCUUCAGCGUGGUCUACAACCAUGACUACAAACAGCCCAUGGCCAUGGCCCAGGUGCUGCCUCCCCUGGUGGGCAAGUCGUACCUGGACGCAGGUGGGGUGUGCCGGGUGCCCGCCCUGCCCCUCUGCCCACCCGCAGCUCCCAUCACGGUGCAGUUCUCCAUCACCAACACGCUGAAGAAUUACUUCCACUACUCCACCUCAGUGGAAGUCCCAAGUGACUCCACGCUGCUCCAGGUGAUGAAGGCAGCAAGGAAUGAGAAACCCGACAUCUUUUGCUUCAAGACAGAGCAGACAAGCUGGGGUCCCUUUGUGACCUCCAUCCACGGGCUGGCUGGCAACAAAACCGAAAGGACCUACUGGCAGUUCUUCAGCUGCUGGAGUCCCCUCCAGGAAGGAGUUGGCACCUACAAGCCAAAAAACUGGGAGCACAUCCAGGCCAUCUUCAGCACCUACUGAUGCCACCAAGACACCCUGGACCCCUCCGUGGAGCAAUAAAGUGACAUUCCAGCA